AUGAAUCAGGAAGACAACACGGGCGGAGGGGGCAUUUUUGGUCUUUUCAAAUGGACUAAGGAUGCGCUGUUUGGUACGGACAUAUCACCUUCAAUGAAAUAUAAAGAUCAGGAAGAACGAAGAGACCGAUCUAGGUAUGCCCAAGACGACACAAAUUUUUCUAUGAAGUUUGGAAAUGACUCCAACAGGAGGAGUACAAACUUAUCGAGGUCAAAUUCGUGGUCUGGUCUGGAUUCAACGCUCCAUAGGAAGUACGAGUUACUCCCAGAGUACAACGAGAACGGCUUUAACUCAAUUGUUAACGGUGACCACCACAGCAAAGAGAGAAUACGAUCUUUACGAAGUCCUGCUCCGAUAGUACCGAGAGAACCACUUCGUAACGAACCUACGGAUACAUUUGGUCACAGACUACACACAAAAAGGAGAACUAUAAAUGAGCUUUCCAAUUCGCAGAUACCCUUUAUACCACCUCAGGAAGACGACCCUUUGCUCUCGAAAUUAUUUAACAAGGAUGGAGUUAAUGAGGUUAGAAGAUCGCCCUAUAAGUUAUCGGUUAAAGAUAUACCAGGCAAAUUUCCAUCUCCCUUAACAAAACGUGAUGAAAUAGACAAUUACUAUGUCCGGGACGAAGAUGCUUGCCACAAGAAUAGAGAGUAUAAAAAGGCAUAUUUUGAUCUUUUUGCACAAAUGGACUUGAACAGUAGAGACCUGGAAGAUUUGUGUGAGGAUGUUAGAGAGCAGCGUGAGCAAUUCCACAGGAAUGAGCAAACUUAUAAGCAAGCAUACGAGGAAAUGAGAGCAGAACUGGUCAACGAGUUGAAGAAAUCUAAGACACUCUUUGAAAAUUAUUAUUCAUUAGGUCAGAAGUACAAGAGUUUGAAAAAGGUCCUUGAUCAAACGAUCAGUCAUGAGGCUGAACUGGCCACUUCUAGGGAACGGCUGUAUCAGGAGGAGGAUUUGAAAAACUUUGAAAUACAAACAUUGAAGCAAAGACUAUCCGAUUUAGAGCUGAAAUAUACCAAUUUGCAAAUAGAAAAGGACAUGCAGCGGGACAAUUAUGAAUCCGAAAUACAUGAUUUAUUAUUACAGCUUAGCCUUCGUAAUAACGAGAGAAAAGAUACUUCUGCUGGUUCGAAUAUUUUUUCAACAGGACAAUAG